AUGCACGCAUCCAGCUGGUUGAAGCUCACUCUGCUCGCGGCCCUCAGCCCCCAGGCACUGGCCCAAGUCCUCGCGGACCCGGCUACCGACAAGGCCGGACUGGUGGCUCGUGAUGGCCCGUGGCAGCUUGGCGACCCGGCCCCCGAUGACGAUGGCACCCACCCUGGAACCUACCCUCCAAAAAUCCCAAAGGGCGCAACCAAACCCUCCGGCCAUGGUAAUGGCGGAGCUCACGGCAAACGGUCAGACGAGGAUUUCUUGAACGCUCAUCCUGGGGCGCGCCGAAAUGGCUUGGACUUGAACGGGAACAUACUGUCGCGGGGGCAUGGAUUGCGAACAUCGCCGAAAGACUGGCACAACCCUAUGCUUCCGCAUGUGACAAAAAGCCCAGAGGCUUUGAAGGAGGAGAAGGAAGCUCGCCAGGCUGCCGCAAAAGCUGAACAGGCUGUCGCAAAAGCUGAACAGGCUGCCGCAAAAGCUGAACAGGCUGCCGCAACAUCUCAGCAGACUGCCGUAAGCCCCCGCCUAAAUUUCGAACAGCCAGUGAGGUUCCUGCACAACCGCAGAAGCGUCGAGUCCGACCCGGUCUCCCAGGGUCAGAUCGCCGCUCGCAGCGACGACUCCGAUUCAGGCAAGCUUGGCGUCGACGCCGACGGCAACCCCAUUUAUAAAAACAGGGGCUCUCGUCGCACCGGCCGCACCGGCAGGGUCGUGGCCCGCCAGGAGCAGCCGUCCACCCUCGAGCGACGCUUGCAGCCCUUGCGGGGCGACAACCUUGAUUUCAAGUCGUCCAAUACCAAAAAGACCAAAAAAAAGCACAAGAAAAAGAACAAGGGAAAGAACAAGAAAAAGAGCAGCGAACAGGACGAGUCGGCCCCUCUGCCGCGCGACAACGAUGUGUACAACGAAGACGGCUCCUUCCAUAAGCACGCUGCCCGUCGUGACCUCGAGCCGCGCAUGCAGCCCUUGCGGAUCGACAACCUUGAUCCCAACGAACAGGACGAGUCGGCCCCUUUGCCCCGCGACAACCCAGUGUACGACGAGGAUGGCUCGUUCCAUAAGCACGCUGCCCGUCGGGACCUCGAGCCGCGCACGCUGCCCAAGUACCAGGGCGACAACCAGGAUCCUGCCGACAGCGACAGGGACGUGCACAUGGACGACGGUUCUUUCGCUCCGCAGGGUGGUCGCCGGCCGCCUCGCAGGCCUCGGGCUUUCAAUGCCUAG